GGGAUUGAAAAAGGAAACCAAAAGGAUAAAAAUGGAGGAGAGCUCCAUGGGGCCGAGGCCCGACAGUGAGUUGUGGAAAACGAAUCAUCAACCUUAGAAACCCAGUCUAUCACAAAAGCUCCACUGACGCUACCCACUCUCACUUCUCUCUCCAGCUCGAUUUCAUCGGAUGCAUGGCGAGCCGUAUUAAUUUUGCGCUCCGGUGCCCUUCCCAUUCGCCGUAUUUCGCGCCUACUCGUCAAACCAGAAUCUCUAAUAGCCUACCUAUCACUUCUAAUCUCCUUCCUUCAUCUUCUCUUUCUCACGCGAAGAUCGCGUGUUCCAGUAGUCGGCGGCGCAGCGUCGUCACUGUGAGGUCUCACAUGGCUACCGAGGACAGAUCUCUUCCUAAAGACAGAGUGCUCGUGUUUGUGCCACCGCAUCCGUUAAUCAAGCACUGGGUUUCCGUGUUGAGGAAUGAGCAGACCCCGUCUCCCAUUUUCAGAAAUGCAAUGGCUGAGUUGGGGAGACUACUUAUGUAUGAGGCUUCAAGAGAUUGGUUGCCAACUGUAACAGGGGAGAUUCAGUCACCAAUGGGCAUUGCGUCAGUUGAGUUUAUUGAUCCAAGGGAACCUGUGGGGGUUGUUCCCAUCUUGAGAGCUGGCCUUGCUCUCGCGGAGCAUGCAUCAUCAGUUUUGCCUGCAACCAAAACAUACCAUCUGGGAAUAAGCAGAGAUGAGGUGACGCUUCUGCCAACUGUGUAUCUGAAUAAGUUGCCGGACAAAUUUCCUGAAGGUUCACGAGUGUUUUUGGUAGAUCCUAUGCUUGCCACAGGUGGCACAAUAGUGGCUGCACUUGGCCUCUUAAAGGAACGAGGGCUUGAAAAUCAGCAAAUCAAAGUGAUUUCUGCUGUGGCUGCACCUCCAGUCCUUGAGAAGCUCAACAAGAAAUUCCCUGGUCUUCAUGUGUAUACCGGAAUUAUCGAUCCUACAGUGAAUGAUAAAGGGUUCAUAAUUCCUGGACUAGGAGAUGCUGGGGAUCGCAGUUUCGGUACAUAGAUUAAGUAUGUCUACAACGAGAAGGUGGAAAAGGAUAAAACUCCAUCUAAAUUACGGCUAAUCUAUUCUUCCAAAAUUUGGCAAAUUUUGAUAAGGGUCUGAUCUUAAUUGACUUGAAAAUGGUUUGCUUGGAGUUUUCACUAGUAGAUUUGCUUUACAGUUUUGGUAAGGUUACCACAAAUGAUCAUAAAACAAGUUCUUUAGAAUUGUGUUGUGAAGAGAAAUGAAAACUACUAGUACGUAUAUUCAACCUA